AUGGUUGAAAUUCCCAAGACCCAAAAGGCUGUUGUCUUUGAGACUAACGGUGGCCCCCUCAUCUACAAAGACAUUCCUGUUCCUACCCCUGCUUCUGAUGAAAUUCUCGUCAAUGUCAAAUACUCUGGUGUCUGCCACACCGAUCUUCACGCAUGGAAGGGUGACUGGCCCCUUCCCACUAAGCUUCCUCUGGUCGGUGGCCACGAGGGUGCCGGUGUCGUUGUAGGCAAGGGUGAGAACGUCACCAACUUUGAGAUUGGCGAUUACGCUGGUAUCAAGUGGCUCAAUGGUUCAUGCUUGGGCUGUGAGUUCUGCUUGAAGUCUGCUGAAUCUAACUGCCCUGAUGCUAUUCUUUCCGGUUACACUCACGAUGGUUCUUUCCAACAAUAUGCCACCGCUAAGGCUGUCCACGCCGCUAAGAUCCCUCAGGGUACUGAUCUCGCCCAGAUUGCACCCAUUCUCUGCGCCGGUAUUACUGUUUACAAGGCUCUGAAGACCUCUGAGGCACAGCCAGGCAACUGGGUUGCCAUCACUGGUGCCGGUGGCGGUCUCGGUACUCUUGCUAUUCAAUACGCCAAGGCCAUGGGUUUCCGGGUCAUUGGUAUUGAUACUGGUGAUGCCAAGGCCGAGGCUUGCAAGGAGCUCGGCGCCGAAGCCUUUAUCGACUUUGCCACCUCCAAGGACCUGGUCAAGGAUGUGGUUGCUGCCACUCACGGCGGCCCCCACGCCGUGAUCCACGUCGCUGUUUCCGAGAAGGCCAUUGGUGUUUCCACCGAAUACGUCCGUGCCACUGGUGUCAUUGUCCUUGUUGGUCUGCCCGCUGGUGCUUACGCCAAGUCUGAGGUCUUUUCUCACGUUGUCAAGUCUAUUUCCAUUAAGGGUUCUUAUGUGGGUAACAGAGCUGAUACUGCUGAGGCUCUUGACUUCUUUGACCGUGGCCUCAUUACCUGCCCCAUUAAGAUUGUAGGACUUUCCGAGCUUCCUGAGGUCUACGAGCUUAUGGAGAAGGGCCAGAUUGUUGGUCGCUAUGUCCUUGACAACUCUAAAUAG